GAACUGACUUCAUGACCACAUCCCAUUUGUUACUGUAUGUUUGAAACGUCACAGCUGUUGUAGAAUCAUAUGUCACGUUACUUUAACUGCAGUUGCUAUCAUCAAAUGAGGAACUAGCUAGCUUUACAUUCAACACUGAAUAAUCGGUGAAGAAUUGGCAAAUAUUCUGGUGAAAUCGGAAGAUUUAACUUCACAGGUAGGAGCUAUCAAGUAAGGUGAACGUAACCAUGGAGGAACCGGGUGCUGAUAUAGAGGUGACUGUAAAAACUUUGGACUCCCAGAGCCGAAGUUACACUGUAGGCGGACAGUUGACAGUGAAAGAGUUCAAGGAGCACAUUGCCACUUCAGUUGGGAUUCCUGUGGACAAACAGAGGCUGAUCUACCAGGGCCGAGUCCUGCAGGAUGAGAGGACCCUGACAGAGUACAACGUCGGUGGAAAAGUCAUCCACCUGGUGGAGCGGGCCCCCCCUCAGCCCUCCCAGCCAGGCUCGGGUUCAGGGGUAGCGGAGGCCGGAGCGACGCCCUCCUCUACCACCUCCCAGGGAACGUCCCAAGUGCCCCCACAGGACCGCAACGCCAACAGCUAUGUCAUGCUGGGGACCUUCAACCUCCCGGUUAACGUCAUGGACCCUCAGCAGAUCCAGAUGUCAGUCCAGCAAAUGAUGUCAGGCUUGGGAGAGAAUGCAAGGAAUGCCAGAGUCAGCACCAGCACCGGGAGCAAUGGUUCCAUGAAUGUGCACAUUGAUAUGGACCAAUCGGUUCAGAGUGAGCCCAGGCUGAGACUGCUAUUGGCUGAGAACUUGCUGAGGGACACCAAUGCUCUCAUCGAGAGGAUGGAGGGUCAACCAAGCGGCACCUCAGCCCAACCGGAUUCUGCUGCUGCUGCACCUCCUCCCUCUUCCUCCUCCACUCCCUCUCCCUCCACCCAGCCCAUGGACACGUCUCCACCUCCAUCUACUUCCCCUCCAUCCUUCUCUUCCUCCACUCAAACAGAGGGAGCCGCCCAAGCUGGACCCAAUCACCCCAGCCCAGCAGAGCUGGUGGAGAUGCUGUCAGAGCUGAGGAGGGUGGAGCAGAGACUUCAGCCAUUCGUCCAGAGAACACACACUAUCCUAGAGUCUGCUACUACCGCAGAAUACGCCAACGCUGAAAGAGAGGAGGACCAGCGGAUUCUCAACCUGGUGGGGGAGGCCCUCCGUCUCCUGGGCAAUGCCCUGGUUGCCCUUAGCGACCUGCGCUGCAACCUGCUGAGCCCCACCCCACGCCACCUACACGUGAUCCGGCCAAUGUCUCACUACACCUCCCCAGUCUCCAUGCCUGGAGCUGUGCACCAUCACAUCCCGCUACAUAUGAACCUGGGAGCCACGGUCACAAUGGCGUCCAAUGGCAGACCAGCUACAGAGGAACAGGCCCAGCCCAGUCAGGCCGCCGGCCAAUCGGACCAGCCAGGUCAGGGACAGACCUCCCCCUCACAGCCUCCCCCGUCCAAUCAGCAGGCUGGACAGGGACAGCCCGGCCCCCGGGUCAUCAGGAUCAGCCACCAGACAAUGCCGGUGGUCAUGAUGCAGAUGAACACGGACGACUCUGGUGUUCCUCAGGCAGCUGGACAGCCAAACGCUGCAGGAAUGGGUCAGCCAGGCUUCCAGAUGCCCCCCAGUGUUCAGAUGAACCCAGACUUCAUGCAGUCCAUCGUGCAGCAGAUCGCCCAGUAUACAGAGGCUGUGGCUGCUGCCACCGGGGGCGCCAUCCCUGGCCAACCCCUCCAGCCUACCCCCCCAGGCUCCACCGCUACCUCUUCCACCACUGGCCCUAACACACCCACCACCACUCCCACGGCCCCCCCUCCGCCUUCUCCUGGGGCACCCCAGGCCAGGGUGGUGUUCACCCGGCCCACCUUUGCCCCCAGGGUCCCUCCACCCGCCUUUGGCACGCGGGGGGCCACCAUCAACCUUAGAGCUAGCGUGCCCCCCAUGAUGGGUCAGCAACCAGGACAGCCCUUCCCUCCUGCUGCCCUCAAUCAGAUGAUCAGUGGACUGGUGGGACAACUCCUGAUGCCUGGACAGAUGGCUGGUCAAACAGCCACCUCCUCUGCCUCUCAUACAUUCUCCUCAGCUUCUCAUACGUUCUCCUCAUCCUCCUCCAACUCUUCUUCUUCCUCCUCUGGCCCUAUCCCCACCCCUGCUCCUGCUCCUGGCACCACUGUUCCCCCAGGCCAGUCCGGAGCCAUCCCCACCAUGCCCCAGGGAGCUCCCCCUGACCUGGCCCAGCUCCUGGGCUCUCUCCUGGGGACAGCGGGGACAGUUCCUGGGGCCAUGGGACCCUCCAUCACUGUGGCCAUGCCUGGAGUGCCUGCCUUCGUCCAGGGAGUGUCUGACUUCAUGCAGGCCUCCGGACCAGUCUUCCCACCACCCCCCAACGGUGCCCCCCAGCCCCCUGCCUCUGGCACCCCCACCCCUCCACCCGGGACCACCCCUAACCCUCCCACGGGGGACGGUGCUGGGGCCCAGGGAGAGGCCCUGAAUCCGGAGUUGUUCACUGGGAUUGUACAGGGGGUUCUGUCCACCAUGAUGGGCUCCCUGGGCUCUCCUCAGAGCAACACUGAGAGCAUCGCCCAGUUCAUCCAGAGGCUCUCCGAGACCAGCAACAUCUUCACACCCAGCACAGGGGACGCCAUGGGUUUCUUUGGAGAUCUACUGACCCUAGUGUGUCAGAACUUCUCCAUGGUGGACCUGGUCUUGCUGCUCCACGGCCAGAACCAGCCCCUGGGCCGCAUCCAGACCCAGCUAUCUCAGUUCUUCACCCAGCAUUACCUCAACGGGAGCGAACCCACCGACCACAAUGUCGCUGCUGCUGCUGAUGGUCUCGUCAAUGAACUUGAGGAGUAUAUUACCGAGAGCUUUUCUUCAGUGGCAGUGUUGGAGGGUGUCAACAUCACUCAGACCAACCUGUCCUUCUUCAGACGGCAGUUAACGCGUAUCGCCACACACAUACUCCACUGCACAGACAACACGUUUGGGCCGCAGCUGCUGCAGAUGUGCAACCAGGGGCUGUUUGAGUGUCUGGCCCUCAACCUGUACUGUCUGAGAGGAGAGCAGAGUGCCCUCACUUCUGUCAUUAACCACCGCAUAAGGACGUUGUCGACUGACAUGAACCCCAGCCUGGUGAACUGGCUGACCAGUAUGAUGACCAUGAGGCUGCAGGUCAUCCUGGAGCACAUCCCCGUCACAGAGGACCAGAUACUGCAUUAUGCCGUCCACACACAGCAGGGGGAGGCUUCUAAUGCACUGGAGCCUCAACGUGCCCAGAUCAUAGAGAUGGAGGACACCCACUCCCCAGCCCCCACAGCUGAGGAAGCCAUGGCGUCGUCACAGGAGACUAGGGCAGAGUCUAGGGAAACUGGAGCCACCGGAGGGGCUGCGCCAUUGGGUGGCGCCAUGGCAGCAGCUGAAGCCAGCAGGAGGGAGGAGCCUGGUAGAGAGACCGAAGCCUGGGCUGCUGCCGUCCCUGCUGAGUGGGUACCGAUCAUCAGACAUGACCUGAUCACCCAGAGGAAGAUGAAGGCCCAGCCUCCCAUGUCUGACGCCUAUUUACAUGGGAUGCCUGCCAAACGCAGGAAGACAGGACAGGGGGACGGCGCUCUUCUCUCCCUCUCCGACGCAGUGAGCAGGGCGGCAAGGACGGCCGAAGUCAGGCCGGUCACUUCCCCAGACAACCUGCAGGAGGAGCUUGACAGCCCUGAGCUCCAGGAGGCCUAUGCAGAGCAGGUGAAGAAAGACAUAAAGAAGCGCGUGAGAGAGGACCCUGACUUCAGCUCUCAGCAGUUCCCCAACACACACAGAGCUUUUUCAUCAGACUCCUAACCUAACCACAACUUGUUUUGCAACCUGAGGAAGUUUUACACAUAACCAACCUGUGCACAUCCUCACCAUUCUUCCCUUUUACUUGUGGAUUGCUCAGUAUCACAACUGAAUGCAGUUAAGCCUAAAUCAAAUGUAUUUAUAAAGCCCUUCUUACAUCAGCUGAUAUCUCAAAGUGCUGUACAUAAACCCAGCAUAAAACCCCAAACAGCAAGCAAUGCGGGUGUAGAAGCAGUGGCUAGGGAAAAACUCCCUAGAAAAGGCCAGAACCAAGGAAAAUCAGGUGCCAACCAAUUUUUUUUUUUGUAUCAUAGACACCUUAGCAUCUCCUUUUGACUAAAUUACUGACCGAUUUAUUUUUUCCAGUGCCUAUUUUUUUCCCGCCCUCCCCAUAAUGGAACACACCUGAUUUGACAUGUUCGUUUGUCCUUAUUUUAUGGAUGACUUACAUGUUACCUUACAUCUGCAAUGCUCCGUUUCGUUUAGUGUUAUCAUGUUAAUAUUAUCCUGCCUAUACAUCUUACCUGUUUUGUGUUUUUCAUUAGCUUCCCUGAAAAUAAAAACGGCUUAUUUCAAGAGUAUGCUUUCAUGGGAUGAAAAUAAAUGCUGUUUUGGUACAUGAAUGUAAGUGUUCUGAAUAAAUAACUUGGUACACAA